AUGGGUGACCUUAGAGGAGUGGGAGUGACACCGUCCUUCAACCAGUCCUCAGUAUCCAACAAUUCGACUCCCUGUGAACAGGUGGACACCUCAGGCCAUGUCUUCUUCAUGGUGAUCUACAGUCUGAUGUUUGUGGUUGGUUUGAUCCUCAAUGGUUUCACCCUGAAGGUUUACUUCUGCCGACCUCAGCAGCUGACGACCAGCAGUAUGACCAUCUACCUGAAGAACCUGGCAGCUGCCGACUUCCUGAUCACCCUCUGUCUCCCCAUCCGAAUAGCCGACUACGUCAGCAGCUCCAUCUACAUACACCAGGUCUUCUGCAGCUUUGGUGUUGCCACCUUCUAUAUGAACAUGUACGCCAGCAUCAUGUUCAUGGGCUACAUCGCAGCUAACAGGUAUCUGAAGAUCGUCCAUCCUUUAGGAACUCACAUCUUGCAGAAAGUGCGACCUGCCCACAUCAUCUCCACAGUAACCUGGGUUUUCCUCCUGACCAUAAUGAGCACCUUUACCAUCCUGUUGUUCCUUAUGCAGAACAAAGAGUUGACUUCUGUUCAAAGUGCAACAAGCUGUGAAAAAGUGUUCAGUGAAGAGGUCAACCUGUUUUUCAAAAUUGUCUACCCCAUCUCCUCUGUCAUCUUCCUGUUCGUCCUCGUCUCCCUGGUCUUCUUCUACUACAGCACCUCCCGCAGGCUGUCGCUGGCACAGCAGAGGCAGCCAGCGUCCUCCAGCAACAAGAAGCUCGCCAAGUCCCGCAGGAACAUGUUGGUGCUGGUCAGCGUCUUCUGUGUUUGUUUUGUCCCUUACCACCUGGUUCGUCUUCCCUACACUUUCCUGAGGAGCCAAUGUUCAUUGAGCCAGGUGUUGUUCUACCUGAAGGAGCUGACCAUCAUGGUGUCAGUUCUUAACGUCUGUCUGGACCCUCUCAUCUAUUUCAUCUUCAGCAAGGCCUUCAGGGCCCAGCUGGGCCUGACAAAGUUAUUCAGGACCACACAGGUCCCAACGAAUGAAGGCAACAAUGAGGGGAGGAGCAACAGGACAGGAGAUGAGCGGCAACAAUAUCAACAGCAAUCGACAACAGGAGUCCUGUAGCUUACAUCUAACGGACACCAACACCUACAACGUCACUGAAGAUGUUCAGGCUUCAGGCUUCUAACAGACGUGUAGUUGUAUCUUCGACUCUUGUACUCUGGCUGAAACAUGUGGUGGCAGCAGAUUCUGUUCAGUUUGAACGACCUCAUCACAUCCUGAUGUGGAUCUUUCUGAACAUGCAGAACUGCAGCCAAUCAUUUCUGUGGUGUCAUGCAUGAAGUUACUUUAUAAAUAAUGUGUUGCAUCUCCAAAAAAUUGUGUUACACUGACAGCUGAAAUAGUGACCACAGGCUCUUUACCCAUUUCACUAUGUACACACUCAUUGACCACACAGUCUAUAAAUAAUACAGUUUAUUCAAUAUUUUAAUGAUUCAUUUUGCUUUUAUAAUCACAUUAUAUGAACUGUAUGUUGCUUUAUUGAUUCUUUGUUGUUAUAAUUCUGUAAAAGUUUGAAUUAUUUGGUAAUUUUGAAUAAUUCUUUGCUCUUAAAAGGACUGAUACUCACUGUGUGAUGGAGUGUAGGAACUAAAUACACGACCACACAAUGCCUCCACUGACCAGAUACUGAUACACACAAACAUACACAAGUCUGUGUAGCUAUCCUUGUUAGGACAUUCAAUUAACUUUAUUCACCAUGGACAGCCUAACACAAAUCCUAACCUGACCACAAUCCACACCUUAAUUUACAUCACACUGUCACUUACACAUACUAACCCUAACCAGGAUCUUGAACACAACCUUUUUCCACAUUAGAAGAAGUCAUUGGUCCCCAUAAGGACGACUGGUCCUGAGAAGUUCAGUGUGUGUAGUAUUCAAGGUCCCCAAUACGUAACAAAAACAAACACGCCAACAACUGUAAUACAUACACACAGAGCAAGUGUUUCUUGUUUUUGUGAUUUUAUGAAUCAUAUCUUUUUCUUUAUUGCAAUAAAUCUCAUUAUUAUUUGA